AGCUGAAUCCGUGCUAGAUCCGAUGUCUCAUAGAAAUAUACGCGCAGUCUCCCGCUGUUUAAAUUUUUAGGUGAGAUAUGGAUUAUGCGGAGAUGGACGACAAGUCCAGACCGUUUGACUUUGAUGUGACGCACAGAGAUCUCAUUCAUCAGGUAGCAUUCGAUCACCAUGGUCGACGUCUGGCAACUUGUUCGAGUGAUAUGACAUUGUCAGUUUGGGAUCGGACUCCUGAAGGAACAUGGAUCAAAGCCGCUAGCUGGAAGGUUCAUGGUGGCGCCGUAUGGAGAGUUGUUUGGGCACACCCAGAGUUUGGACAGUUGUUAGCUACAUGUUCGUACGAUCGCAGCGUCCAUAUCUGGGAAGAAAUAAGGAGUGCACCAGGGGCAGAAGGACGAAAGGGAGCUCGGUGGGUUCGGAAGGCUUAUUUGACUGACAGCAGGGCGAAUGUGACGGAUAUCGCUUUUGCACCUCGACAUUUAGGACUUAUGCUGGCAACAGUAUCUGCGCAAGGAGUUGUGCGAAUAUAUGAAGCAGCAGAUGUUAUGGACUUAUCAAGAUGGUCUCUAUGCCAUGAAUUACAGGCCUUUUACACAAGAUGUGGUAGUGUCGAAUGGAGUCGGUCACGAAUACAUCGGCCACUUCUGGCUGUUGCUUCAGACGAUAAGCGAGCUGAGAAUGAUGAACGUAUCGUAAUCUAUGAGCACAACGAAAAUCUAAGGAAAUGGCAAAGAGUGGUGUCACUGCGGCUCGAAUUAGCAUUUCCUGUCACUGAUCUGAAGUUCUCGCCUAUUGCGUUGGCCGAUUCACAUCAGCUGGCCAUAGCUGCAGGAGACGUGCAUGUGUAUAAUAUCAAGAUCCCAGUUUCGGCUUUUGUCGAUGACGACAAUGGUGCACCUGAAAAUGUUCCGACCGAUGCGACAGAGUAUUCGGCAAAUAGGGUGGCUGUUCUUGGUGAGGAACGUCCUGCGUGGCGAAUAAAAUAUAAUGUCACGGGCACGGUGCUGACAGCAUCCAGCGGCGAUGGGACUGUGAGAGUUUGGAAAGCCAUGUUCGUAAACCAGUGGGCACUUCUUGCGGAAAUGUCAUCCGAAGACUACCUGGAGGAGCGAGAGCUACUGAAAGUCAAAGGUGUUCUGUCCGAAGCUGGGCGAGGUGAUCCAGAGGCAUAUCACCGGAAAACGUAUUACUAGGCCUGUUCUGUUGAUAUAUCUGUUAUAUCGUGUCCUUUUGAACGUGUAUUAGACAAAGCCGAUUGCUCAAUUCAGUGUUGGGUCCAGUUGGGUUGAGUGUUUAUGCUUCCUUGUUUUCCCAAUAUGUCAUUUCUUAUCGAGUUUCGCUUGCAUGAUUAAUUUUCUAAAUCUUUCUCUGGUCUUUUGUAUCUUGAUUUCUCUGUGCUGUACUUUGUUGGGGGUUUUAUCUUACAUUCUUUUGACGUGAGCUCCACGUGGUUUCAUUUUUUGCUGCC